AUGCAGAGCACAAAUGAAGCAGACUUCUACACUGAAUACGGCGAAGCGAGCCGAUACCAGAUUCAUGAGGUGGUCGGCAAGGGAAGUUAUGGGGUCGUCGACGCGGCCGUGGAUACCCACAAUGGAGAGAAGGUGACAAUCAAGAAGAUAAACGAUGUCUUCGAGCAUGUUUCGGAUGCUACUCGCAUCUUGCGAGAAAUCAAAUUGCUUGGGCUGCUCCGCCACCCUGACAUUGUAGAAAUUAGGCACAUAAUGCUUCCUCCAUCACGGAGAGAAUUUAAAGAUAUUUAUGUUGUUUUCAAGUUGAUGGAAUCUAACCUUAAUCAAGUUAUCAAGGCAAAUGACGAUCUCACGCCUGAACACCAUCAGUUUUUUAUGUACCAACUUUUGCGAGCUAUGAAGUAUAUCCAUAGCUAUGAAGUAUAUCCACAUUGGUGA